CGCACAGUUUCUACAACAAGGCGCUGAAGCUACGUUAUAUGUUGGCACCUUUCUUGGCGAACCGACCAUUAUUAAAGAGCGCAUGCCUAAAAAAUACCGUCAUCCUAUGCUCGAUGCUGAGCUCAAUACGAAACGUCUUAAAAAUGAAGUGCGCACGAUGGGUCGAGCACAAAAAUCCGGUGUUCGCAUUCCCUGUAUAUAUUUCGUUGAUAAGGAUAAUCACCUAAUGUUCAUGGAACGCGUCGAUGGCUUAACACUGAAUUCCUAUCUGAUUUAUUUGGAAGAAAAAACUGAAUCUGGUCGUUUGAUCUCUGGAGAAAUGUCUAAAAAUCAUGAUAGAAAUUCAGCUCAUGCGUGUUUUUUAAAUUCAGCUUUAUAUGACCAACAACGUGUUUAUAAAAUGCUAGAAAAUAUGACUUCGUUAGGAAUCACUACAAAAGAUAUUGCAAGAAAACUUGGUUUGAUCAUUGCCAAAUUACAUAAAAGUUCACUUGUUCAUGGAGACCUUACAACAAGCAAUAUUAUGCUAACUGCGAAGGAUUUAGAUAUAGUGCUGAUCGACUUUGGAUUGGGUAUGACCUCCAGUCAAGUGGAAUGCUACGCUGUUGAUCUAUAUGUAUUAGAAAGAGCCUUUUCCGCGACGCACCCUGGGUUCAUUGAGAUGUAUCAACAAAUUUUGGAAGCGUAUAAUGAAGCCGGCAUGAAGAAGGUAAUUCGGAGGUUAGACGAUGUUCGAUUGCGGGGAAGAAAAAAAAUCUCUAUUGGCUGACAAGCUUGGCGAAGCUAUA